AGUGAAACUACCGGUUGCCCAGCGUUUAAACUUUACACUCUUAAGCUCCAAGCUCGCCUCCUCCCACGGCCCCGAGAACGUCUCCCCACCACCGAUGCACAAUCGUUCUUCCAAGUUGUGGAAUUUGUUUUCAUCAUGUCGCCUUCUCAAAAGCUCAACGUCCUCAUAACGGGCUGCUCGCCAGGGGGUAUGGGCGCGGCCCUCGCCGUAGAGUUCCACAACGCAGGCCAUCACGUCUACGCGACAGCGCGGAACCCUUCCAAACUAUCACCACUCGCCGAGCAGGGCAUCCAAACCCUGACCCUCGACAUAACCUCGCCCUCCUCCAUCGAAUCAGCCGUCUCGGCCGUCACCGCCACACUCCCACCCACCCGCGGCCUCGACAUCCUCAUCAACAACGCCGCAGGCAGCUACACCAUGCCCGUGGUCGACGCCAACCUCUCCGCCGCCCGCGACCUCUUCGACAUAAACGUCUGGGCCCACAUAGCCGUCACGCAAGCCUUCCUCCCACUCAUCCUCCGCGCCACCAACCCUCCCCCAAACCCCAACUCCAACCCCACCACAACCACCCCCACCAAAGCCACCACCACCACGCCCUUCGCCCCCCUCAUCGUCAACCACACCUCCGUCGGCUCCGUCACCGCCCUGCCCUUCCAGGGCAUCUACAACGCCUCCAAAGCCGCGCUCGCCAUGCUCACCGCCACCAUGCGCAUGGAGCUGGCCCCCCUCGGCGUGCGCGUCGUCGACCUCAAGACCGCCGGCGUGCGCACCAACAUCAUCGCCAACAACAGCUUCAACAACAACACCACCACUACCACCGGGGGUGAAGAAAAUGGGGGUGGGGCCCGGUUGCCGGCGGGGUCGGUGUUCGCGCCGGUGCGGGAGGAGGUGGAGCGGAUUAUGAGCCAGGAGGGGCUGAAGGAGAGGGGGGUGACGGCGGAGCAGUGGGCGGCGGAGGUGGUGGGCGUGUUGUUGGGGAGGAGCGUGCCGGCGGAGGUGUGGCGCGGGGAGAGUGCGCUGAUGGCGCGGAUGGCGACGGCGAUUCCGUGCGGGCUGGCGGAGGAGGUGGUGAAGAGGGUGACGGGGAUGGGGGCGGUGGAGGAGGGGUUUAGGAAGGUAAAGGCGAGGGAGGGGUGA